UACACAGAUCCAUCAAGCUCACGUGGCAAAGAAGUAACGAUAGAAAUGUUUGAAUGAAAGGCGUCCUAGAAUUCAGCUUUUCAAAUAGGAUAAUCAGAAAAGAAUAAAUUAGAUUAAGAUUUUAUUGACCACACCCUUCAUAAAUGUACGUGUAGGUUCAUAAAAGUGUCUCAGUACAAAUAAAUCCAUAAUUCUUCACAAAGUUGCCCCCAUUCUACCUUGGUGCAGCACGAAACAGGCACCCAAGCAGCCUUGUUUCCCCGCCGUUGGCUAGUAACGUGACACCUCCAGCACAAGGCCGACACGAAGCUCUUAUAAACCACUGCCUGCUGCUGAGCUUCCACCAGUCAGCCGCUGCAGGUCAUCGCCUCAGCCAUGCAGGUUCCAGGAGUGGUGUUGGUGCUUUUAGCUUCUGCGGCCUCCGCAGCCAGACCUCACUUGUAUCAGCCGCCACCGCAACAGUACGACUUCGGGUACGGGGUGAGUGUGCCUCAUACAGGAGACGCUAAGGAACACAAGGAGACUGUGUCUCAGACAGGCCGCACUGAGGGAGAGUACCGCUGGCUGCAGCCCAACGGUCUCUACAGAGUGACGCGGUACAGAGUGGAUGGUCCCUCGGGCUUUCUGGCCACGGUGACGCAGGAACACGGCGAUCGUGUCGACAACUACCACCACGACAGGUAUGCUGAUCCUAUCACCACCAGCACCGCCACCACCGCUACAACCACCACAACCAGCGGUGGGAGGAAACAAGGACCGCGAAGUCACACUGGAACUCUCUCAUUGAGACACACUCAAGCAAAGAAGCAGAGUGGGUCUAGAUCAGAUACUUUCCACAGGGUACAGACUCAUAGGACUCCAGUUCAACACUUUUCUCUUAGUACCCUCAGCAACGAAUCCCACAGCAAGGAUUCCAGGCAUAAGUCACAGAGUCUUAGAAUCCUGAAGGCCCACAGCUCAGCAUCUCAAAGGCCUCGUGGACAAAGUACUCAACAGGUCUCUCAGUCACAAAGUUUCCAAGAGCCUCACAGUCUCAGCUCCCAACACUUCCAAAAGUCUCACAAUCAAGUCUCUCAAAGUACCCAUAAUCACCAGUCUCACAGUCCUGAGAGAUCUCAUAGCCAUGGUUCUCACAGACAAAGUAAUCAAAGAAUCAAUACUAAUCAGCCACAUCGCUUUCAGAAGUCUCGCAAUCAAGUCUCUCAAUUAUCCCGCCAUCAACAGUCUCAGCAUCAGGAAUCUCGCAGUUCCCAGAGAUCUCAUACCAGAGGUUCUCAAGUGAAUCACAGACAAAUCAAUCAAAGAAUUGAUACUAGUCAGCCAACUACUUUGAAAAAAUCUCACACUGCAGUCUCUCACACCUCUCAGAGAACGCACAGUUCCCAAAGAUUUAACAGCCAAAUCUCUCGUGACUCUCAAAAAUCUCAAGGACAGAAUCUGCACACCAUCCAAAGAUCUCGAAGCCAAGGUACGCAGAGAAUCCACAACCAAGCCACGCAGAAGCCUCAAAGGCAAAGUGUCCGUAUCUCCCAAAAUCCUUUGAAACAGGGCACACACAGAUCACAAACCAUAACCACCAACAACUUCCAAGGUUUUCGCACCCCUCAGAUGCACCACAAACAGAAGGACAGAAUUCCCCAAAGAUUCCAAGAUCACAGCUCUCCUGAUUCUCAAUCAUCCCACAAUCAAAGUAUCUUAAGGUCCAAUAGCCAAAAAUCCUCAAGGACUCACAGUCGAAGUACUUUCAGCUCCCAUGAAUCUCAAAACAGAGAUUCACUGAGGUCUAAAAAAUCUGGUACCUCACAGAGUUCUCACAUUCGAGGUGUUUCAGAUCCUCAUCUGUUGGAAAGAGUACAAGAGCUAGGUUUCAUUGGAUCAAUAAGGACACGGAGGCCAGGAGUCAACACACAGACUCCAAGAAGAGGCACCCAAAGAGCAAGAAAUCAAGAACAUGGUAGCCAUACAGGCCAAAGUCUUGGAACUACUGACACUCAAAAGAUCCGAAGUCAGAGGACUGGCAUACAGAAUGCAGAAAGUGAAAGGUCUGGCACCCAGAAGUUUCACGUUCAGAGCUCUGGUAUACACCGAACCGAAAACCUAAGGUCUAACAUCCAGAAGAGCCAGAGUCAAAGAUCUAGUACUCAGAGGAAUGAAAAUCAGAAACUAGGCAUCCAUCAAAUUCAAAUCCAAAAUCCAGAAUUCAGCAUUCAAAAGAAUACAAAUCAAGGCUCUGUCACUAAAAAUAUCAAAAGUCAAAACCUUUCUACUGACAGAGUCCAAAAUCAAGGACUCGAUUUAAAGGCAAUAAGACUUCAGAGUUUCAACGCUCAAAUUACUCCAGGAACAAAAAGAGAUAAUCAAAAGAUAGGAAAUCAUGAAUUCGAUAUUCAGAGAACCCAAAAUCAAAAGAUUGACAUCUCGACGGAAAAGAACCGAGGAUUUGGUACUCAGAUAAGAGACAGUCAAGAGUUUGAUACACGGAGGGCCCAGAAACAGAACAUUGAUACUCACACAACACAGCGCCACGGUUUUGGAACUCAGACGGUAAAAAAUCAAGGAUUCAGUACCCAAACACAUUCCAGUCGUACUGGUGACAUCCAGAGAAUCCAGUUCUUCGGUACUCAAAGUACGGACUUCACGACAGAACAAGUAAAGGAUAAAAGUUUUGGUAUACAAAAAUUCCAAAUAAAAGACUCAUCUGAAAGUGACGAAAGCAACUCAGAUAAUGAUUCAAGCUCAUACUUUUCGUUGGAUGAUGAUUCUGACUCGCAGCAGUCCCAGGAUGAAGAUGCAAGCACUGAAAACUUCCAGGAUGACGAUGAGAGCACUGAAAAGUUUUUUGAGGAUGAUGGCGUAAUUCUAAACAUCCAUCGCCUUCAGGGUGAGAAUAUUGAAGAUCUGAGUGGCCAACAAAUCCAUGAUGACCAUAUCUUGAGAACCCAGGAUGAAUUUGUAAAUGUUCAGCACACCCAAGAGUUCCUGAAUGGAGAUGUUAGCAUUCAACAACACCAAAAUAAAGGUCUUAGCACCCAGCAGUUCAACGAUGACAGUGACAACUUCCAGCAUUUCAGCGGUGAUAAGCUAAGCUCUCUACAGGUUGAUGAUGAAAAUCUAAGCUUACAGGAUAAGGAUACUACCACUUCACGCUUUGAGAAUGACGACUUUUUAAUCAACCAACAGCUUCAGAAUGAGGAGUUUGGAGUCCGAGAGCUAUCAAACCAGAGGCUGUCCUCCACACAUUUCCAGCAUGGAGCCUUCAGCACAUCACAAUUAGAAGAUGAACAUAGUGCAACUGCACAGCUUCAGGAUAACUUCACGCCACAUGCCCACAGUCAAGGUGAUACCACUCCACAAGUCAAUGGUGGUUUCAUCAGUCACCAUUUUCAGGCUCAACAGGUCGGCUCAAAACAUUCCCAGGAUCAACAACUCAAGCCUGAUCAGUUUCAGAGUCAACAAAUUGUCUCCGAUCAGUUGCAGGCUCAGCAGUUCGGCCACAACCAGUUCCAGGAUCAACAAUUUGGACACAACCAAUUCCAGGCUCAACAAUUCAGCUCCAACCAGUUCCAAGAUCAACAAUCUGGACACAACCAGUUCCAGGACCAACAAUCUGGACACGACCAGUUCCAGGACCAACAAACUGGACACAACCAGUUCCAAGAUCAACAAUCUGGACACAACCAGUUCCAGGACCAACAAUCUGGACACAGCCAGUUUCAGGAUCAACAAUCUGGACACAACCAGUUCCAGGAUCAACAAUCUGGACACAGUCAGUUUCAGGAUCAACAAUCUGGACAGCAGUUUCAGGAUCAACAAUCUGGACACAACCAGUUCCAGGAUCAACAAUCUGGACACAGCCAGUUUCAGGAUCAACAAUCUGGACACAACCAGUUCCAGGACCAACAAACUGGACACAACCAGUUCCAGGACCAACAAACUGGACACAACCAGUUCCAGGAUCAACAAUCUGGACACAGCCAGUUCCAGGAUCAACAAUCUGGACACAGUCAGUUCCAGGAUCAACAAUCUGGACACAGCCAGUUCCAGGACCAACAAUCUGGACACAGCCAGUUCCAGGAUCAACAAUCUGGACACAGCCAGUUUCAGGACCAACAAUCUGGACACAGCCAGUUCCAGGACCAACAAUCUGGACACAGCCAGUUCCAGGACCAACAAUCUGGACACAACCAGUUCCAGGACCAACAAUCUGGACACAGCCAGUUCCAGGACCAACAAUCUGGACACAGCCAGUUCCAGGACCAACAAUCUGGACACAGCCAGUUCCAGGACCAACAAUCUGGACACAGCCAGUUCCAGGACCAACAAUCUGGACACAACCAGUUCCAGGAUCAACAAUCUGGACACAGCCAGUUCCAGGAUCAACAAUCUGGACACAGCCAGUUCCAGGACCAACAGUUCAGCUCCCAACAAUUCCGGGAACAACAGUUCGGUUCCAAGAACUUUGAGGUAGACUUCGGAGUUCAGAAGACAGAGCAACAAAGCCUUGGCAGUUCUUUUAUCAAUGGGCAUCAAAAGGUAUCCACUAGUUCCCAUCAUGAAGUCCAAGACAGCCUUGAAUCUCCUAUAGAAAGUGCAUUUCAUCUUUUGCAAAGCCAGGAGACUAGUGAUGAAGACGUAAUUUUUGGUCUGAGCCCUCUCAAUGUUCAGCACAGCAUCACUUCCACUUCACUCCAGGGAAUAGAGACAGGUAUUUCAGGCUCCCUAGAGUUCGGCACUCAACGACCAUACAUAAGCAAGUAACAAGGCAACGUCUGUCUGUGGCGCUCUCGGCGAAGAGUGUGUCAUGCCGAAGGAAGACUGAGAUGAGCUUCCUUUGUCAUGCAUAAAAAGAGAGCAUCACACAGAGAUGAGGAGAUUGUUUCGUCUUAUUUAUAUAUCAAUCUAUUUUUGUAUGGGGGAUUUUUAUUUGUAGGCGACUCUGAAUGCUCCAUCAUGCCGUUCUGCCUGAAGUGAUCGUAUGGAAGAUUAAGAAAUGUUGUUGUUUAUUUACCAGCUGAGGUUCGAUAUGUCAAGCAUGUCCUAGUUGAAUAAAGUCCGACUAAUACAAGGAAAUUCUUUUAAUGAUAUCCUCGUGUAGAUGAAUAAACAGUA